UUAAUUGGGAAAAAUGGAAAAACAAGAGAGAGAUAAAAAAACAAAUAAAGAUUUAAAAGUAAAAAAUAUAGAAUUCAUAGGCGAAGUUCUAGAAGUACAUUCUGGAGAUUCUUUAACAAUCUAAUCAUUAAAAACAAAAAACGUAGCACGAUUUUUUUUAGUAAACGUACGUGCUCCCUAAUUAGGUACUUAAGAACGUCCUCAUAAACCUUGGGCAUAUGAAAGUAAAGAAUUUUUAAGAAAGAAAUUAAUUGGUUAAAAAGUAGAUGUAAUAUUUGAAUAUGAAAAAAUGGUUAAAAUAUAAAAAGCAUGGGAAGAAGAAAAUGAAGCUUAAAAUAAAUAAAUGAAUUUUGCUACUGUAUUUUUGUAAGAUACAAAUAUAAAUAAAUUAAUCCUUUAAGAAGGAUACGCCUUAUUAAAUCCUGCAAGAACAGACGAUGAAAAAUCUCAAUUUUAUCAAGAAUAUACAUAAGCUGAAGAAGAAGCUAAGAAAAAAUUAAAACAAAUACAUUCUUCUAAACAAGCUCCUAUUCAUUUAUUUAACGAUUACUCAAGGGUUAAAAAUAAAUAGAAAUUAAAUGAAGCUUAUACAUUCUUGAAUUCAACUCCAAAAUUAACCGGUGUAGUUGAAUUAAUAAUAAGCGGAAGUCUUUUUAAAGUCCGAAUAAAUGAAUAAGCUUGUCACAUAUUAUUACUUUUAAGUGGUAUAAGAUGUGUUCCUCCAGACAGUAAUAUAGCCGAAUAUACUACCUGGGCAAAUGCUGCUUUAAAUUUUUCCAAAAAGAAUCUCCUAUAAAGGGAUGUUGAAAUAAAAUUGGAAAAAAUAGACUCUAAAGAUAUUUUAAGAAAUCAAAAUGCUGGAGAAUAUUCAGAUUAUUAAAUUUAAAAUAUUUCUGGAAAAAUAACUACUAAAGUGACAGAAAUUAUCUCUACUGAUGAAUUCUAUGUACAUGAUGUAUAGAGAAUCAAAGAUUUAGAUAAAAUCGAAAAUGAAUUAGAUGAUUUUGACUUUGAUGCUUUCCCAAAAUUAAAAGAUCCGGUUUCUUCAGGUACUCCUUUUGUAGGCGUUUUUUCAGGAGAUGAAAAAUUCUAUAGAGGAAAGGUCAUUAGAAGGCUUUAAGGAAGCAAAUAUGAGGUCUUCUUUAUUGAUUAUGGAUUCUAUGAUAAGAUUAAUGUAGAAGAUAUGUGCAAAAUGCCAGAAAAAUGGAUUAAUAUACCACCUUUUGCUGUUAAAUUAGGACUUGCUUAUUGUUAAGGACUUCCAGAUAAACACUCAUUGGCAGUUGAAAGCGAUGAAAGCUUCAAAGAUUUAGUUUGGGAACAAAAAAUGGACUUUUAGUAUGUUUAUUAAGAUAAUAAUGGAACUAAAUUUGCUGUAGUGACUAAAUAAGGAGUUAAUGAUAUUAAUUAAAGUGUUAAUUUUAAGCUUAUCUAAAAAGGACUUAUUAGGUUAAAUGAGAAUGUUAAUUUACCAGAAUAAUAUUAGAAAUGGAAAGAUGAAGAAGAAUUUGUUUCGGAAAAAAAAGUUGGACUUUGGGCUUUUGAUACUUAGUUUGGAUAAGAAGAUGAUUGAUAUUUGUUUUAUUUAGUAUUUUUUUUUAUUAUUAAUUUUAAAUAAUAUUAAAAUAAUUUUAUUUUUAAAAAUUAUAAAUAAAUAAUAAAUAUUAUAAAAAAUAUAUAUAUAUUUAUAUAAAUAUAUUAUUAUUAUUAUUGAUUUAUAAUAUAAAUUAAUAGUUAAUUUUAAAUUUU